GGAAGCUGGAGAAGUCUAUUUUUACGUCAUGUUCACCUCCUUUGUGGAAGCACGUCUGCCCUUUUGAUAUGAUUCCUAACAAAGCAAUCCAUCCGCUAUUAGUAGACCCCUCAUCACGCCACAUAAUAUCAGUGCAGUUGGAAUCCCACCGGCUCAAGUUAUUUCAAUCCAUCAAGCAUAUAUGACAUCUGGUAUCGCACACUUAUUGACUAGCAAAGGUCCGACCUGCUUUCUAUCAUAACAGUAUAAAGCUACUACCUCAACUCACAAUUGACAUGAGUGAAGAGAAAGACCCCAUCCGGUACCAGCCCGGAAAAGGCGGAGGCUUCGAGCGCACUGAGGCUCAGUUCCGCAACUUCAUCACGAAAGAUGCCAACUCAAAGUUCCCAGCUGAGAAAGGUCGUUAUGCUCUCUACGUCAGCCCCGGGUGUCCUUGGUGUCACCGCGUCAUGAUCGUCCGCGCCCUCAAACGCCUCGAGGACGUCGUAGACCUCUAUAUCGCCGACAUGGGCAUGGGAAAAGAAGGCUGGCACUUCACAGACAGCCCCGAGGCAGCCAAAUUCGGCGUUCUCCCGCGCGACCCCGUCUACGGUUUCAUGACGAUCAAGGAGCUCUACCUCAAAGCGAGUCCCGGCUACGACGGCCGUGUCACGGUGCCUGUCCUCUGGGAUAAGAAGGCGCAUACUCUCGUCAGCAACGAGUCUAGCGAAAUUAUCCGUAUGCUCUACACCGAGUUCGAUCACCUCCUUCCAGAGGUGGAUCGCGAGGAGAGUCGACCCGGUGGCGGCCUGUACUCUGAGGCGAAGCGUAAGGAAAUUGAUGAGAUCAAUGAGUGGGUGUAUCACACGGUCAACAACGGUGUUUACAAAAGCGGGUUUGCGUUCACGCAGUCCGCUUACGAAGAGAACGUCGACGCCUUGUUCAGGUCGCUAGAUCGUUUGGAGGAUAUUCUCAAGGACCGGCCUUUCCUGACUGGCGAUCACAUUACUGAGGUCGAUGUCCGCUUGUUUCCGACGAUUGCCCGGUUUGACGUUGCAUAUGUCCCGAUCUUUAUGUGUAAUUUGGGCACAAUCCGGAACGAUUACCCGAAUCUGCACCUUUGGUUCAGGAGGUUGUACUGGGACCAGAGUGAGAGGACGCACGGCGCGUUCUUCAGUACGACGGAUACGUGGGUGUCGAGGUUCAAGGAGGGAUAUGGCGGUGCGAGGACGAGGGUCUUGGGAAUUACCGGGCCCCUUAUAAUUCCAAAGGGCCCUCGCGUUUUGGUUCACGAGCUCAAGGGGGAGGAAAGGCUUAAGUGA